AUGCCGACAUGGACCCGUGGCAGAGACGGGAUGCUCGUGUCCUCGCAAAAUAACACGACGGAAGCAAAAGAAUAAACACGAAAAUGAGGAGAGCCGUCGACCGCCCAGCUUUCAUCUGAACAUCGUUUUCCAGGAAACGCAUGGGUUUCGUGACUCCUCUCCUGGAUAGUUUUCCCAACACGCCUUCUACAACAUUUGGCCUGGAUCAAUGGUGUCUCUCAGCAACAUAACACUAAGUGUGGAGACUGACCUGUUUAGGGACAGUAUUAGCAGUGAGCUGUGGGGGGCAGUAACAGUUGGAGAUGGUGUCCUCAGCAAAGACCCCACUUCAGCCUCUUGCAACGCCUCUCAGGCAGGGGAGCAGCAGCCUAGCGCUGGGGAAGAAGAAGACGAAGAGGAAGAGGAAGAGGAUGAAAAUGAAGGUGCACAUCUUCACAUUUUUCUCGGUGCAGCAGGAGAAGGGGGGGCAGCCUGUCAGGAACCUAAGCUGCCAGAAGUACCUUUCGAUCCCUCCUCCCCAUUUUCUCCCACUCUGGAGGACAUAGAGGAGUUCCUGAGGGAAAAGAUGCAACUGGUGAAGGAAGAAUUAUUGACAUCGAAGGAGGACGCCUCCCCUCUGACGAGUGGCUUAUUUGAUGCUCUGUUGUCCUCUGGGCCCCCAGUUACUUCCACAGAAACUGUAAGUGACUCAGACUCUAGAGCAGUCGUUUGCACUUCCAGCCCAGACUGCCGAAAGAAAGAGAAAAACAGCACUGGUCGAGCUGACCCUUCCCUUUCUGGCCACUGGAGCCCCUCUCUUCCAAGCUUAAUGCCGCCAAUGCUUCUUGAAGCUCCACUGGUUCUCCAGCUCCAGCCUUUACCCAUGGCCCAGUCUCAGGCUUCAGCAGGCUCCUUUGCAGGAGCCCAAAGUGGCGUUCUGCUUACUCAUCUGGUCAUGGGCCUUCAGGGUACUACAGCACAAAAUCUUAUGUUCCUGGCCCCCCAGGUCUCUUCCUCGCCAACCGCCACUUUGAUAUCAUUGAAUAACAGAGAUAACAAGUCAGCCGAUCAGAAGUACGUGAAGAUUGCUCCCCUGCCUAUAACUACGAAAACUUUAGAAAUCAUGACUAUGACGGGAGUUGAGGGGCAGGCCAACUGUCUCCUAAAAGCAGUGGCCCCUCGGGUGACCAAAGUGCUGCCAACAGAGAGGGUCCACAAGUGCUCCCACCCAGGCUGUGGGAAGAUGUACACCAAAAGCAGUCAUCUCAAAGCUCACUUCCGUCGGCAUACGGGAGAGAAACCCUACACAUGUAGCUGGCCAGAAUGUGGCUGGAGGUUCUCCAGAUCCGACGAGCUGUCUCGUCACCGGCGCUCUCACUCAGGCAUCAAGCCAUAUGAGUGCUUAUUUUGCGAGAAGAAGUUUGCACGCAGUGACCAUUUAUCUAAACACACAAAAGUCCACCGUAGCGCCAAGCCCGGCAGGAUUAUCAGAGACACCAUGUAACAAAUCAAGCUGGCCUAAAACAAGAUUGCAGCCCCACAGCUGCCUGAGUGGGCCCUGACUCAGGUAGCUAGGGUUGACUCUCUUUGGACUGUUGUUGCUUGCAAGUGUGCAUUUAUUUUCUAAAUGAAUGUACACGAUUUUCGAAAGCUGGCUGUUUUUUUUCACCCUCAUCCUUUCAUUAUCGUGUCCCAACUGAACUGACAUGCAUUUAAGAAAAGCUUAAGUAAAAGUUGACUUCUUACCCUGGAUUCACACCAAAAGCAGCACAGGCGUCCAUAGGUGUCCGUCUGCCAUUCAUUUUCUAUGAAAGCGCGCUGCAAGAGGCGUAGGAGGCCACGGAGGCGUUGGAGGCAUCGGGAACAGCGCAUUGGAGGCGUCCAGAGCGUCAACAUGAAGUUGAGAAAUCUCAACUUUAUGAAAAUGAGCAGCGGCGACGCCGAGGCAGCGUCCAAUCACAGACUCGGAUUCCCGAAGCCUCAAUCCCAGAUUGUACUUUCGUGUACACAGAAACUUAUACUUACUCACAUGCAUACAUGAGCAUAGCUGUGCACUAACAAACUUAUUUUAUCAGGAAUUAAUAUAUUUCAUCCAGCAAACUGACAUUUUUGUUGAUUUGACUGCCGUUUUUACCUGAACUGCGAUUACAUGUGAAACACGUAACUGAUGGUUUAGGAGCUGGAUGGUCCGAACGAUUUUAUUUGCUACAUCCAUCCAACGCAAAAUAAUUAAAAACCGUGCUUAUUAAUCACAAAACACAGUUUAAACAAUAUGACCAAAUCCGCUCCGACCCGGUGUAUCAGUGAUCACCGCAGACAGACUGCAGCUUCACCGGGACCAACGGCUCUGAUAGUUGCUGUUGAUCCAGGACCAACCUUGUUAAGGAGCAUCAAACUCACUCUUAUCUACGCGGAAACAACGCCAAAAUAUAAAGAAGGUGUCCCAAAGUUUGAUCCAUGGUGAAAUAGGAAACUGGAGAUGUGCACGCUUAUAUAUGUGUAGGCUAUAUGCACUUUGUUCCCUCCAGUUCUGCAUCGCAGCUUUAAAGCCCCGCCCACUGCAGGCGUUGACAGGCAUCGACAGGCGUCGGCAAGAUUUUUGACGCUUUUAGUGUGAAUCCAGCAUCAGCUUUCACUUGUUUUGCAACCAGUGCCCACACUGCAACUUCCCAAGCCAAACUCUCCCAGGUGCUGUGGUAAGUGGGACGUUAACCAUUAGGUUAAUGGAAUUGUUUGUCGGCAUGGAAUUUCUCCUUUACUUCUGCCGGGGAUUCAGGUGCACAUAAGACUUUCAGUUCAUUAAUAUGAUGUGUUCUAAUUUCAAAUCCUGGAAGGACAUGAUCAAUAUAAUUGUGUGGUAGCAGUCUCUCAUGCGUAACAUCUUCCCAGAAAAAGGAAUUUGUUGGAAUGAUGCACAAUCUACAUACAGAGGCUCAGCUUAAAAUUUGGCAAAUCUGAGAGAAACCUUUUUUUGUUAAUUUUGUUAUGCAUUCAGUGCUGGCCUUCAUUACAUAUAUCGAAUUAUGAUAUGCCUCACUUGCACCUGUACGCCUUUUCUCAGUAUGUGUACAUCCUAGCCUCUUUAUCAAUGCCUUUUUUUCUCAUAACAAAACUUAUCUUGAUCCUGUUGUUCUGCUCAUAUUAUGAUCAUAUUAUUGUAUAUGCCUGUAUUCAAAUGUGAUUUUUAACUGGGUGUUACCAAACCAUAUAUAUCAUUCUUCUGAUCCUGUGAGGAAAUGGAAAUGAAUGGUGCAUGACUGUUUAUAUGCUCCUUGUACUUUGAAAAUCAUUGUGAAACCAAAUUAUUUGGCCUGGAAAACUAUAGACAUCACACCCAAAGGUGCAAAAGUUAUGUACAACACAGCUCUUUCUUAUUUACAGUGGCACUUACUAGAUGUAUUAUUAUUUUGGUUGUAGCAGAAAGAAGACCUUGUAGUUUAAACAGCUAAAGGGCAGCUAACAUCUAUUCAUUUCUCAAUAUGAAUUGUACUGAAUGCACAUAUGACCCAUGUACAGUUUGUUGCCUUUACAUAGCUAUAUCCUUGUUUUUUUUAUCUGAUUAUCUUUAAGCAGCGCAUUACGCUAUAUGUGGAUGUUUCAAGAGAAGUCUUAAGAUAAUAUGAACCUGAUUUUUAGUGUGAUCAGUCAGAAGGUCAGAUUGUAGUCUGGGAUUUGGAGUCCUACUUGGUCCAUUCAAAAAUUAAGCCCGGUUAAUACUUUUGUGUAGGAGCUACAGAAGUAGCUUGUCUGUAGGAAAAAUGCCAUUGUUGAAAUUUAUACUAGUUCAUUGUUGUGUUGCUCUGUAAUUACAGUGCUAAGUGCAGGUUCUUUACUGCAGAAAUGUAGUUUGCAAUGCAGUGUCCUUCUGUUUCUUUGCCUCCUAUAUAUACUGUAGCUCAGAUGGAUCAAAUAACGCAUUUAUUAAGUGAGCUGGAGAUAAUGAAUGUUGGGCAUCAGCAAUUUUUACUGGUCUUGCAGCAAUCUUACUCAACUUGAAAAUAACAAAGAAGAGGUAGCAGAAAAUACGAAGAUGAAGAGGAGAAAUGCUACCACUGGACCAAUUUGUUGCAGUGAUGAUUCGUAGUAACAGAACUGCACGUAUAACAUAGCUGACUCUAAAGUUUUGGGUUACAGCUUACGCAAUUUGUCGGCCCAACGCUGGAGGCUUCAAGCAUAGCUGCAGUACAUUUGAGGAAAAUUUUGGCCAAUUGAUUUCCGUUUGGGGAUUAAGAAAGUAUUUUUGCAUUGAACUGAAAUUAGUUUCAUUGCAGAGAAUUAAACUGUUCGAGGUAGUGCCGUUUCAGUUAUCACUUUGGUUAAAUACUUAGGCUCUUGCUAACUUAACCAGUGCUUGACAAGAAGAAGCUGUAUAUCUGAACGCAUAAAGCCUUGUCUAACUUCAUUGUCUGUGUUUAACCAGCUGACACUUACUACAGGUUACUGGCAUUCUUGACUUAAGCUCAAGCAACAGUUUUCUUUUUGGAUGAGCUCAAAUAUGGGGCACUUCUUUAUGUAGCGGACAGUUGGAUCAUAACCAUGAUUAUAUAUUAGUCUUGCAGCAUUGUGUUAUUCCAGCUUUUCUGUAAAAACACCCCCCUUAUGGUGGUGUGUUGUUCUGCUCAGCUGUAGGGGGAGAUGUGGAGCAGUGGUUCAGGGAACAGUGCCAACGAGACACUGAUUGACAUAGUUGCUCUACAUAUUCAGCGCUCUCCAUCUAUUUAGGUAGGAGCAUACUAGGACCCAAGGCAGGGGCAAAGAUCUACUGCUACUACUACUACUAUAACAACUACUACUACUAUUAAGAGCGGUGUGUGGACGCUUCUCUUAAAAAAAUGAAUAAGAAAAUAAAAGACACUGUUGGUGUACUGAGGCUGGAGGAAAAAUGCUUGGUAACCGUACUUGCUUCACCUCCUUUUGUAGAAACCUGCUUAAAGGAGCAAUGUGUAAUAUAAAGCCAAAAGUAUCCCACAAAAAGUAUCCUUCAAAUGUAGCUGUAAGAAAAGAGAAAAUGUACAUUCCUUCUCUUCAAUUAUGUGAUAUCAAUUCAACAUCAAAUGUAUUGGAAUCAAAACCCAAAAGCUGAGAAUCAAAAUAAAGUAUCUGAAACCAAGAAAUCCUAAACUAACCAAGGCUACAAUCAUCUUUCUCAGUUGCACUUUUCUUUUUGCGGUUGCAAUUCUGAGUCAUGUCAAUGUAACAUGUCAAUGCAAGCGGGGCAUGGUCGAAAUCAAUACAUUUGCCAUUGAAUUAACACCAUUGCAAUUUCACUUACUUACUUCACUUACUACAAAAAUAACAGUGGCUUACUUGCCAAUCUAAAAGAAAUGUUGCAAGUUCCAUAUUAAACUUCUCGCCUUUGCUCUCCAGGAACUGUCUCCAACGGGGGAGAGCACUGUCAAUAUUUACUCUGGUUUUAGCCCUGUUUCAUCUAUUCUUUCUUCGCUUCCGAAUGAGACUUUUUCCCUGUUCCGGGUGGUUGUGGUGGUGCAAUACCUACAUGACUGACAAGUUCAAGUUCGGCCACAAACCAAGUGGCCUCUUUGUUUCAUCAUGUUGUAGUGAGCCCACAAUGCUGCUCGCUACCGCCACACCUGGCAGAACCUGGUAUUACGAGGCUGAAUGGACGGAAGCUCAUUUUUUAGCACGCUAACUUGAUUGGUGUCUCUGCAUAGUCAUAGUCAUCAUUUUUGCGACAUGACUGCACUUAUUUCCUCUCAUUAUCUUGCUGUUUCUAGGUUAUUUUUGGAUAUUUUAACCUACAAUCUUACACAUUGCUCCUUUAAAGCAAACAUGCGGGCUGACAUGUUGAAGUAUGGCUUUGUGUCUUAGCCUCCCCAGACAGCUUCUAAUGACCGACAUCCAGACCUGUGUCCACUAAAUCACCAAUCAGUUCUCUCUUUAUCUCUUGGUCAUGGCUAUGUAUCUUGUUGAGCAAUCAGCCUGUGUGUAUAUAUAUAUUUUGUAUUCAUUACCAGAAAUACUAUUUUCCUA